CCGCGAGCGCGCCGCGAUUGGCCGCGGCCCUGACGGACCGCCCUAUAUAAGGGCCGCGGGAGGGGCCGACCCGUAGUCCUCGGGCGCGGGCUGCGGGGGUGUGUGGCGCUCUUCGGCAGCCGCGGGAAGAUGGCGACGCUGAAGGCCGUGUGCGUGAUGAAGGGGGACGGCCCCGUGCAGGGCGUCAUCCAGUUCCAGCAGCAGGGUAAUGGACCAGUAAAAGUUACCGGAAGAAUCAGUGGCUUGGCUGAUGGAGAUCAUGGCUUCCAUGUCCAUGAAUUUGGUGACAAUACAAAUGGGUGUACCAGUGCAGGUUCUCACUUCAAUCCUGAAGGCAAGCAGCAUGGUGGACCAAAGGAUGCAGAAAGGCAUGUGGGAGACCUUGGCAAUGUGAAUGCUAAAGGAGGAGUGGCAGAAGUGGAUAUGGAAGAUCCCAUCAUUUCUCUUAGCGGACCACAUAGCAUCAUUGGACGUACAAUGGUGGUCCAUGAAAAACGUGAUGACCUGGGUAGAGGGGGAGAUAAUGAGAGCAAAUUAACUGGAAAUGCUGGCCCUCGUUUAGCUUGUGGUGUAAUUGGAAUAGCGAAGAGCUAAGUAUUGUACCGGAGAUCCUUAAGACAACAGUGAUGAAUGGGCUGUAUUUCAUUGCAAAUGCUGUACUUGCCCCUCCUUGUGCAAGCAAAAGAUCUAUCACUUAAUCCCAUUACUACUCUGCAUUCUGAGUAUCACUUAAACUCGUGAAGAUUGACUUAAUUUUGUAUUAUGUAUAUUACAAUUAAAGUGACCCUGAUGGAAUGUCUCUGUAGUCUUCUGCUAAAGCAUCUGCUGUAACCAUUAAGUAUAACUUCACUAACUGCAAUGCCUGUUCUGUGUAAUAGAAGAUGUGUAGUAGUGGUCACAUCCUGAACACCAAAACUAAUAGUGUACUGUGUGAUUUGGAGGAUUAGCUUUAUGAGCCUUGGCAAGACUACUCACCAAAGAGCAGUAGGCACUCUAUGUAUCAGGGCUUCCUCCUGGCAAAGUUGCAGCAUUUGUAGGUUUCAAACUUGUAUAAUAAACAUGCUGGGCAAAUACA